AUGGCCGCGACAGCCUCAACCGCGGCGAUACCGUCGACGGACGAUAUAUGGAAGGCCGCGCAAAAGCUGCGUGCCACUAUUCAUAAGGAGCUUGAGCACAUUCAAAGCGAUGGCCCAGGUACGAACGAGGUGGCCCGCUUCGAGAAGGUUGAGAAAUUGAUGGAGAACUACCGCCUCGCUUGUAUCGAAACCAUCUGGCCCGACAUGCGUGCGGCGAAGGAAAAGUCGGUCGAGGAUGCACUCUGGCAGACCCACGCCCACGUCACCAAGGCGUAUCGGAAAGUGCUUGCAAAACUGCAGGGCCACGACCAUGCCGUGCUCAGACGGAAGCUCGAGAGGCACUAUGCGUCUUAUCUGAAGACGGCGCAGUAUUUCUACAGGGGUUAUUUGCAGCGAGUUUGUGCCCGCUACAGUAUGAAGGAUCUCACGCGAAUCGUGCGCAAGGCUGAGCUCCAGGAGAUGCCUGUGCCUGAUAGCGACAAGGUCGAUGCCGCAGCAGCAAAGCUCGACGAGAUUGUCAAGGACUCGUGCCACAAGACCCUCAUUUACCUCGGGGACCUAGCAAGAUAUCGCACCCUUCUGCGCCCAAAGGACCGCAAGUGGGAGGGCGCGUUGGCCUACUAUUUACUAGCUAACGACCUGAGGCCUGAAUCUGGAUACGGCCAUCAUCAGUGCGCAGUGAUCUAUCUCGAGACGGAGGACCAUCUCCAGAUUGUCUACCAUUUCUACCGCGCCAUGGCCUGCGAUGUGCCUCACCCAAACGCUGCAGCGAACCUGGAGCGCGAGUUCCGCGAACUUCAGAAGCGGAAAGGCGGUGAGAUCAAGCAUGCUCUUGUCACCUGGUUUGUCAAGCUUCAUGCCUUCUAUUCACAGGGCAAGGAGUUCACCGAACGUAAGGAGCUGGAGACCGAGGUCUACCAUCGUCUCACCACGGCCAUGAAGACAGGAACAGGUGUUGAGGAGACGGACUUGCUAAAGAUAGUCCUCAUCAACAUCACUGCCUAUGUCGUCAGCCAAGAGAAGGUUCGCGCAAAAUGGACAGAGGAGGGUUCCCGUUCGUGCCAGUUCAUCUUGCUUCUGAACAUUCGAACGAUCCAGAUGAUAUCGCAGCUGCUAGUAGAUGAGAUUGCGGGUCUGAUCCAGCUCAGAGCCCCGGACUCUGAUAUAGGAGAGGCAGCCCGGAAAGAUGUUGCAGGCAGUUUCACGCCCGCUUUCACCCGCCUGAUGCCGCUUCUACGCGUUUAUAUGGCUUGGCUCUGCACUUACGGGUCAGAGUUAGUGGACUUUCGGGGCCAUCUGGAACCGCACUUCGGCUCUAUGUGUGUUACACUGAGCAACACCUUGAACCUCUUGCUGGAAUUCUUGGGGAGCGGCACAUUCGGAACCACAGUGCCCUGGCGGUUUCCGGAAGAUGAGAUGACUCUGAGUUUGAAAUGCUUGAAUGGCCCUCAUCUCCAUGAUGGCUGUCAGCUAUACUACGACGCUUUCACACACCAACCCAAGCCCCGACCCGAGGACGUCCCUGAUGCUGUGGCUAGCGCUACAGCUGAUGAUAUCACGUUCACCCGCGCAUUGGAUGUUGUUCUAUGCGCCUUUGACUUGUCAAGCGCAGAGUCGAAGUUCCCAUUCACGACUUCCAAGACUACCAAAGGUUCACGGGAACAGACGACGAUCGUAUAUCUGGAAAAUGGAAAACCGCAGCCCGCUCUUGUCGUGCCAUCGCCGUUGCCUACCAGCUUCAAAGGGCAAUCCAGCAACAUACCCACAGCUCCCAGUCUAUACGAGUCUAACGCACUCUCUGAGAACAUGGAGUUUUAUGGGCCGGGUAUAGGAAGGAAGGGAAGUGAUACACGAAAGUCACGUAUAGCAGCCGCUGCUCCAGUGCAACCAGCUCCUGCCGCAGAGUUUCCAAUUGAUAAGCAGCUUUUUCAGAUCCUCAACGAUUUUCUAUCUCCUCCAGAAUCUGCCCCAACCGCUGAAACCGAAAGGCCGACUAGGCGCGUUGCUGAUCUGAACCUCACGAGGGGUGGAGAAGGCUCCGGGGUUGCAGCCUCAGCCAACUCGGCGCCUGGGUCAGCGGGUACAAAGACAUUCCCGACUCUCCCUUGGAACUACUUUUACACCCCGGCACCUGUCGACCCGCUGCUCCGGAAGUCAAGCGUGAGCCGCACAAAUUCUGGCUGGACUGAGGACGGCUCUGCGUCUCCACGACCGGCAAGCUCAAGCGGCGCAGCUCAACCUCAAGGCGGAAGAAUCUCUGGUAGCCCUCUUGCGCUCCAGGCGCAAGGCCGGUACACUACCCUAGCUUCAACGGAGCAUAAAGAGGGCGAGACAGCACCGCUUCCGUCCUUGGCCCGCGGGACACAAAAGGACUACAUGGACCUGCAGCGAGACCGUGCCGCUGGGCUUUGGCAGUGGGAUAACGGAGAUUUGACGAGCAAAGCAACGGCACCAAAUCAGUUGCAAUACAAUCCCUGGCCUCUGUCAACUUCCGAUCAGUGGCACACUAGUCAGAGUUCGGAUUCCGGCCUUGGUCGUGUCCCCGCCUCGCCCUUUUCAACCCUGCACUUCUCUGAGAAUUCGUCAAGCCUGCCGCCAGUGAACAGCCCUCUGGGUAUACCAUCACGCGCGGCGCAAAGUUUUGUUCCCCACGUGCCGGUAUCUCCAGCAGCACCUUUUCAAUCUCCACGGUCUUCCGAACGUCUCUUGACCAACACCCGCCCUGGCGACACUGUGCCCCCGGGCUCUGCACGCCAGUAUCAGCAUGCUACUGCUGAGAGUGUCCUGGCCGAGUUGUACGCCCAACAGCAAGCUCUCUUAAACCCCGCUUCCAUGCCGACAUUUGGCCGAGACGGCCGGUCGCUUGCGGGUGGAAGCAGAGCAGGGGAAGACCGGAUCAAGCCGAUCCAGAGGCCGAUCGCAGGCCUCGACGACAAGGUGGAUGGGAAAAAGCCGGCAAUGCCGACUCUACCCAGGCGUUAA